AUGGCAGAGGUGCGUGGUACCUUAGCAGGAAUGAUGAGAACGAUGGAAAGGCUUGCAACAAAUCAAGCUAGGCAGGAACUGGCGGGUCGAGAGACUGAGGGAAACCCUAUUGGCAGCAAUGAGGAACAAACCCCAACUUCCGAGGCUCAGAGAAGUGGGGGCAAUGAUAAUGCAAAUGGCCAGUUACUUAAGAACUUUAUGGCAAGCCACCCUCCAGAGUUUUGUGGUGGCGUUGAUGCGAUUGUGGUUGAAAACUGGAUGAUGGCCAUGGAAAAACACCUUCAGGCGAUUGGAUGUGCGGAUGUGCAGAAGGUACGAUUAGCUACAUUCCUCUUGAGAGGAGAUGCUGAACGCUGGUGGGAAACGGCUCGCCAACGAUUUGGAAAUCGAGAACCCUUGUGGUCGGAAUUUCAGACAGCUUUUAAUGAGCGUUUCUUUCCCGAUUGGGUACGGGAACAGAACACGUACGAGUUCAUUGAACUCGAGCAGGGAGGUAGAACAGUAGCACAGUAUGAGGCCGAGUUUACCUCUUUAGCUCGGUUCGCACCUGGCUUAGUGUCCUCAGAAGACAUGAAAAUAGCAAAAUUUCAAAGAGGACUUCGAGCAGAAAUUCGAUAUGCUCUGGCGAGAGCAAGGAUCCCUGACUUUUCAGCUGUGGUGCAACGGGCAUAUGCCAUAGAAAAGGACCAAAAUGAAUCUAAGUGCGGACAAGCGUCCCGAAAAGGAACAGAGCUUGCUAAGGGGCCCAGUGGAAGUAAGAAAAGGAAAAAUGAGAUGCGGGCAAAUGGCAGCGUGGCAAGUCCUCCAGUAUGUAACACUUGUGGAAAGAGUGUGGACAGAAAGGGCAUCGAGCAAGCCACUGCCCGCAGGCCUCGGCUGGUAGGCAAGGACCCCGAUUCGAUCAGAGACCUCUACUACCUGGAUGGCAAGGAGGAGCCGCUCGACAACCAAUGGCAUCGCCAGCACCGCAACAGGCAACAUAUGACAAGCUCCGUGGUUGGGGACGAGCAUUCGCUCUCACAGCAACCGACGGCGAAAAGGGAAAUGAGAAAGAAAUCGUGUAAGAUGAUGAAUGGGCAUAUAUGA